GACUGGACCCUGGAUUAGUAUCGUCGCCAUGGAUAAGAUUGUUGCUUUUCCUUGGGAUAAACUUUUCCAUAAUGAAGUACCUGAAUGCCCUAGGAUCUCCUGUUCGAGCCUGAGUGAUGAUGAUACAGUGUAUAAUGAAUCAAGAAGAACGAGUCGGCCCUCUGAGUGCGACGAGGAGUGCGUCAAAUGGUCGAAGAGAAUUCGCCUCAAGAGGAACGCUAAGGACAGGGUCAAGGAAGCCCCCCGAAGGCACCAGGGCGUCACCAUGGCGGGCCAGACGAGGGCGCCGCCGCACAGGCCGUCCAACACUCUGAGCGAGGAAGAGAAUCAGGCGGUCUUCAAGAUGCUCGGCCCGCGGUGUCUGGCACAAGCAACGGCUGUGGUGCAGGUGUACGGGACGGAACCCCCUCACCACAACAGCUGGUACAAAUUGCACUGCGGGGUGGCCACCUUCACCAAAGACAACAUCCGCAAGUCUUUCUUCAUCCAGGUUUACGACUACGCUGCAGGACAGAGGGUCUUCGAGCAGGAAAUCUACAGGGAGUUUUCUUAUCACGACUCGCGACCUCAUUUCCAUCAGUUCGAAUCUGACGAAAAGAUGGUCGGCCUCAACUUCGCAGACGAAGCGGACUCGAAGAAUUUCCACGCCGCUGUCAGUAACCUGCUGUUGAAUCGCAAGAGGAAGAGAGAAGAGCGCAUGCGGCAAGGGAUGCAGAAACAGCAGCAGCAAUUGAGGUCUAUGGAAAACCAGCCGACCAUGACGACGGCAAAAUCUCAGGAGACGGUCCACCAGCCAUCCAAUAACAAAGCGAUGUUGCAGAGAGAACAUAAAGAGAGGAGGAAGUUCAACUUGAACAGAAGAGGCAAAGAGAAGAAGAAAAUUUUGAGGAAAUACAUGAUCGGAGAGCCCACUAACUUCCAGCACGUUGGCCACGCUGGUUUCGAUCAGGACAAUAAGCUCUCUACGUUCAACGCGGACAAGAAGUUUGACGAUGAACUCAAGGAUUUAUUUACAGCCGUCGGCCUGAAAAAGCAGCAGAUGGAGGACCCGGAGAUGCGGAAGUUCGUCUACGAUUUCAUCAUUCAAUCUGGCGGACUCGAAGAGGCCAAGCGGGAGAACCAGAGGUACUCCACCCGCCGCCACCUCGAGGACGGGCAAAGCAGCGUCCAAAACAGACCACUUCCUCCACCGCCUCCUCUGGCAUCCGCUCCUCCACCACCCACUCCUCCAUCAUCCACUCCUCCACCACCACCACCACCACUGAAAUCCCUUCCACCGUCUCCACCACCUACGUUAUUCCCUCCACCGCCUCCACCACUAAGGCAGUCAGCAGCCUCGCCACCAUUGCAGUCAAGGCCUCUCCCUCCUCGUCCGCCGGGAAGACAAGAUUACGGAGGUCGCAGUCCAGGUUCUCGGAUCCACGUAGGCAUGGCUCCUCCACCGCCACCCCCAGUUUCGUCUAUGACUCCGGCACCACCACCACCUGCUGGCCCUGCUCCUCCCCCUCCCCCUCCCCCACCGCCGCCUCCACCACUGUCCGGGAGCUCUGCGGCUCCUCCCCCACCGCCCCCUCCUCCGCCUUCCGGCGGGCUCUCCUCCUCUGCUAACCCUCGCUCAGCUCUCCUGCACCAGAUACAGGAAGGCAAGAACCUCAGGAAAGUAGACAGGAAUGCUGCCCCCGCCCCCGCGCCCGACAGCCGCGGUCAGCUCUUGGAAGACAUCAAGUCGGGCGUGAAGCUGCGCAAGGUGGAGGCCGCCGAAGCGAAGGAGACGGACCCCAACGAGCCAGUGGGACUCACCGGGAUGGCCCUGGACCUCCACCGCGCGCUGCAGGAGAGGUCCAACUUCAUCGCCCUCUCAGACUCUGAGGAAUCCUUAGGCGACGACGACGACGACGAGUGGGAUGAGGACGACUGAGAGGGGCUGUUGAGGGUCGUGCUUUGGUGGGGCUGGAUCCUGAGUCGCCCUCAUUUUCCUGCGUUUGUCGUUAUAAGUCGUUUUAUUGUGGUAGGCUGUUUCGUUCUCUCAUUUGGGGUUUGAUUUUAGCUAUACAUUCGAGUGUGUGUUUUUACUAAACAUUAUAACAUGAGAUAAAAUGUGUUUGAUUGAGCUUUAUAUUUUAUCAGUGUAUGGUAAUUGAAAUUGGGUAUGUUGAAUUAUGAUGGCCGUAGAUGUCUAGUCGUUUAUGAAAACGCAUUCUUUACCUUUUAGGAAUCGAGCUUACAAUCUAAAAGAUACAGUGCAAAUGAUAUUUAUCCAUGUAAUGUAAUGUAUGUAUAUACUGAUACAAUUUUAUUUUGUAUUUAAUAUAGUUAUUAUUACUUUUCUACAAAAAAUAUCUGCAUUGCAUUCCUACAAAAAUACCUACAUAAACUAACUGUAUUAAUAAACAAACUUGUUAAAAUAAACACACGAAUGUAUAUCUUUUUAAAUAAACGUAAAUAAAUGGUGAAAAAUA